GGAAAGAGAAGUGAUUGGGUUAGAUUGGCGUGUAGAUUAGUACAUUAGUUCAUAAUGAAAGGAGAAUAAGGAAACCAUUAACAAAACUCAGAUUCAUCAUUCACUCUGCAACCCAAUCAUGGACUUUAUUUCUCUGUUCUUCCCCUUUUUCCUUGUGAAGCUUGUCCUUAGAUUAAAGUAUCCAGAUUCUGUAAGGAUCAUACGUCUCUUCCAAGCAACCUUCCAUCACUACCACCCCUAAUCACUUUCUCCCUCUAUUCAUCAAUAUAUACCCAUUACCACCUCACCAACAUCUCACACCCUCUUCUUCUGCUUCUUCUUCCCAAUUCUCAAAAUUAUGUUUUUUCAAACCAAAACCAAUAAAUUGAAUGGUGGGCAUUGAACUUAUUGAAGAAAAUUUCCAUUUACAAUCGUGGGCAUUCAAAAUAUCGAACAAAGUUUCGAUUUUGAGUUGUGGGUAUUGAGUCUUCGGCCAUGCCACCUCAAACGCAACCGUUUAGCGUUUUCCUCCGUGGAGCGCCGCAGAACGAGCCCUCCGACGGGAACCAGUCGCCGGCGGUGAAACGAACCGUGAAGAAAACGCUUAUAGUGGAAGAGUCAUCGCUAGACAACCCGGAUCUGGCUCCGUUUCUUCUGAAGAUGGCCCGAGAAACCAUAGCUUCGGGUGAGAACCCGGAAAAGGCGUUGGAUUUCGCUAUUCGGGCCUCCAUGUCGUAUGAACGCUGUUCGGGUCCGGGUUUGGAGCUUGCCACGUGUCUCCACGUGGUUGCUGCGAUUUAUAGCAGUUUGGGACGGUUGGACGAGGCGGUUGAGGCUCUGGAACGGUCCAUUUUGUUGCUGGAUAUUGAAAAAGGGUCGGAUCAUGGCAUGGCCAAGUUUUCCGGGUAUAUGCAGCUUGGGGACACGUAUUCCAUGAUUGGCCAAUUGGAUAGAUCCAUUUCGUGUUAUGAAUCGGGUUUAGAGGUUCAAAUUGAGGUUUUGGGUAAGUCCGACCCGAGAGUUGCUGAGACUUGUAGGUACCUAGCUGAAGCCCAUGUUCAAGCCAUGCAAUUUGAUGAGGCAGAGAACUUCUGCAAGAAGAGCCUUGAAAUUCAUAAGGAUCAUUGCUCACCUGCCUCUCUUACAGAAGCGGCUGAUAGGCGUCUCAUGGCCCUUAUAUGCGAGGCAAAAGGAAAUUAUGAACCAGCACUUGAACACCUUGUCCUAGCUAGCAUGUCAAUGAUAGCUAAUGGACAAGACAAUGAGGUUGCAGCCAUUGAUGUUAGCAUUGGAGAUAUUUACUUGUCUCUCUGUCGUUUCGACGAGGCUGUUUUCGCCUAUCAGAAAGCACUAACAGUGUUCAAAUCCACCAAGGGUGAAAGUCACAGUUCUGUGGCAUUAGUGUACAUUCGCCUAGCUGACCUUUACUACAAGACAGGGAAAUUAAGAGAGUCAAAAUCCUAUUGUGAAAAUGCCUUAAGAAUAUACAGUAAACCCGUGCCAGGAACAACGGCCGGAGAGAUUGCGAGUGGAUUGACUGAAAUCUCUGCUAUCUAUGAAGCUCUAAGUGAGCCUGAGGAGGCACUGAAGCUGUUGCAGAAAGCAGUGAAGUUGUUGGAGGAUAUCCCUGGACAAUAUAGGACAGUAGCAGGAAUAGAAGCUCAAAUGGGAGUGAUGUUCUACAUGGUUGGGAGGUAUAUGGAUGCUUUUAAAUCUUUUGACAAUGCUAUCACCAAGCUUAGAGCCAGUGGUGAGAAGAAAUCUGCGUUUUUUGGAGUUGUAUUGAACCAGAUGGGCCUUGCAUGCGUGCAACUGUAUAAAAUAGCAGAUGCUGCCAUGCAUUUUGAAGAAGCAAGAGAGAUAUUGGAGAGAGUGUGUGGAACAUAUCAUUUGGACACUCUUGGAGUGUACAGCAAUCUUGCAGCAACUUAUGAUGCCAUGGGGAGAGUUGAAGAUGCCAUUGAGAUAUUGGAGUACAUACUAAAGAUGAGAGAAGAAAAACUUGGAACUGCAAAUCCAGAUGUUGAUGAUGAAAAAAAACGGCUAUUUGAGCUUUUGAAAGAAGCAGGAAGGGUUUGGAAUAGAAAGGGAAAAUCACUUGAAAACCUUAUAGAUUCCAAUUCCUUAAAGAUGAAGAAGGAAGGAAAAAGGAGAUGGGGUGCAUUUAGUUUGAGAGCAUAAAGAGGUCUUGUUCUGUUUUUUAAAAA